AUGUCUAGGUACUCUCUAUGGGAAGAAAAAGGACGAACCCUACGGAGAUGGAUGGAACACUGUAAUCAACCGCGUUGUCCAUACCCUCUAUCCACAUUCGUUGUGACACAUGACCACCAGCCUAAGGACUAUUCCGUCGCCCACGACACUGUAUGGCUGGAUUCAACAUGGGACACGUGGAUCUACCCUCUUGAUCUACCGGUUGAGCUUAACAAGAUAGAAAUUAAGAAUCGAGAAGGUCCACCAGUGGGCUGGGAAGGACGGACUGGUCGAGGUGUGGUGUUCCUUGAUUGGAUCCGCAGAUCAAAGCGAAGCACUGCUCCACACAUAUCGGAAUUUACUAAAGCUGCCUAUGGGAUGGACUUUUCCCUUGAAAGCCUCAAAUACGUAUUUGUGACUGAUAUCUCUGAAACUGACACAGUGCAAUGUAUUCGCGAUGAGGUGUAUAAAUCUGAAGGGUUUCCAUACCGUUUCAGUGAACAAGGGGUUUGGGAUCCUUGCUCGGGCGAAUUUGAUGCUCUGCUGGGUACUAGAAUGGGCAAGACUGUUGCAUCUUUUGUUCUGUGUGCGUGGGGCCAAGGUAUAAAGCGAAUUGCAAGAAUCGUUACUUUUCACGAUGGUAAAUAUCUUCAACGCCUGAACAUGCGGUUUGAUAUUGAAGAUAUUUGA